AUGUCGCCUGCCACACCUCGCCUCUGCUCCGUCUACCCCUCAGCCCAAGUUGCAAAUGCUGCCGUGUUGAUUCACGCUCCACUUUCCGCCGCGCUCCCAUGCGCCCCCCUUGGCUCUGUCUCCAUCGCACGCCAAGUCGCCACUGCAGGACCACCAGGCAGCGCUGGAGGGCUGCUGCCUGCACUUCCCCACGGCGCUGCUGCCUGCACUUCCCCACGGCGCUGCUGCCUGCACUUCCCCACGGCGCUGCUGCCUGCACUUCCCCACGGCGCUGCUGCCUGCACUUCCCCACGGCGCUGCUGCCUGCACUUCCCCACGGCGCUGCUGCCUGCACUUCCCCACGGCGCUGCUGCCUGCACUUCCCCACGGCGCUGCUGCCUGCACUUCCCCACGGCGCUGCUGCCUGCACUUCCCCACGGCGCUGCUGCCUGCACUUCCCCACGGCGCUGCUGCCUGCACUUCCCCACGGCGCUGCUGCCUGCACUUCCCCACGGCGCUGCUGCCUGCACUUCCCCACGGCGCUGCUGCCUGCACUUCCCCACGCACAGCACUGCGUGUGGCCCCCCUCCCGUGGCUCUCCUGCACGGCGCCGCUGCCUGCUCUCCCUUGGCUCUAUCUCUUCUCACCCAAGUUCCCAGUGGUGCUCCCACCCACUCACCCCCGUCCCGGGCAGGCGCAGUCACCGGUGGUGGACAGGCAGGCGGUGGUGGAGGGGUAGCAGCAGUGCGCCACUGCGUGCUCGCACGUGCCCGACCUGCAUGUGCUCGAGGGGGUGUGGGAGUGGGGGCAGCACCACGUGGCGGCGCUGGCUCUGGUGUGCCCCGACCUGCCCCUGCUCGCCCCGGGGCUGCUCCGCGCCGCCUCCAACCGAGGCACCGUGAGGAGCAAGAGGCGCAGCAAGGGGGCCAGAAGAGAGGUGGCGACAGCGGUGGCGGUGGAGGGCAGGAGGAGAGGGUGCUGGUGGCGGGGCGAGUGGCAGGGUACCUGCACGUCAACCCGCUCUUCAUUGCCUCGCUCCUCGAGGAAGCUUCCUCUCUCUUCGCCUCGGCUGGUCUGCAUUCCUUCGCCGUCCACCUGCAGGAGCUGCUGCUGCCUUUCUGGAAAGCGCAUGGAAACUUCUCUGCAGCUUCCCGCUGCCACCGGCGCUUAGCCGCCUCAUAUCUGCUGCUGACUCAGAGGCCUGGAGGGGGCGGGGAGGAGGGGGUGAGGGAGGGUGGGCCCCAGCAGUGGCAUGAGUCGUGCGUGCAGGGUGCGAGCUUCUUCCUGGUGGCCUUCUAUGGCGAGCGGUUUGGGCCCGCGUUCAACGGACGGCAGUUCGUUUACAAGGAGCCACGAGGCACGUCAGCAGGGGAGCUGGUGAGGCGGCUGAGGAGCAUCUACGACGGCAUCCUGGGCAGCAGCACGUCGCUGCGCAUCAUCACCUCGCCCAUACUCACACCCAACCACCUGCGCCACUCGCAGCUGUGCACCGUGCAGGGGGAGGAGGGGCUGAGGGCGGGCAAGGAGGGCGCUAUGAGGGGCGACCUGGACGAGCUGUUUGGCGGCAGCGGCGGCGGCAGAGGGCCUGUGAGCGCGUUCCAGGUCAGCAUGCCGCCCUCCGCGCUCGCUGCUGCUGCUGCCGCUGCCAUUGAGGGGCUGGUGGACGGCGGAGGCGAGGGGGGAGUGGGAGGUGGUGCAGGGGGAGAGGACGUGAUGGGACUGCUGGAGCUGGGGUACGGGGGCGCUGGGGGGAUGGGCUAUGGCAUGGGCAGCGGUGGUACGGGGGAUGCUUCCUGCGAGAUUGCGAGUGAUUUCACGAGUGGAAGUGCGUUGGGGCGGGGAGCGGUGUUCCCUGUGUGGCGGCACCGCAUGGUGCUGACGGUGCAUCCGCGCUUCCCCUCGCUGCAGCUGCACUUGCCAGUGGUGGGCACCCACACGGUGGAGGCAUCCCCCCUGGACCUCGUCCUCGACGAGAGCCGCCAGUGGACCAGACGCCUCUCACAGCUCGUUGCCACGUGGCGCGCUAAGACUGGCCGGAGCUUGGAGGAGGAUGGGACGAAGACGGGGGAUGUGGCGUGUGCUGCUGCAGGUGGCGGCGGCCAGCCUGGAUGCCAUGGACGAGGUGCAGGCGCUGCCGCUGCUGCGCUCCCUCAAGGAACGCCCUGCUGGGGGGGGGGAGGGAGGAGGGGCGGAGUGGUAGGAAGAGGAGAAGGGGCAGGAGAGAUUGGGGGGGCAGUCGAGGCAGGAGAGACGAGGGCAGGCACAGGAACAGGGGACGACACAGGAGCAGGGGGUCGCGGAGAGGCGGGACGUGCAGGCGAGGGGAGGAGGGGCGGGUCGCGAUGGGCGGAGGGGCUGGCGAGCUGGCAUGUGGCGCGGGCCAUGGGGGAGGUGGUGGAAGCGGCAGAGGCGGCACGGGAGGGCGUGGAGGGCGUGGGGAAGCCGAUGGCGCCGCUGCUGGCGUGGCUGGAAGACGCUGCUGACGCCACCCCGCCUGAGACCCUCGCUGCCCUCGCCCGCUACGGACUGCUGGAUGGGGGGAAUGGAGGGGAUGCGAUGAGGGGAGGCGCGGGAGUAGAGGUGGCCCGAGAGAGGGAGCAGCGCGAGGCAGAGCGGGAGAUUGCGGCAGUGGCAGCGCUGGCAGCGGCGGCAGCAGCGGGAGGGGAGGAGGCGGUGCGGGUGGGCAAGGCGCUGACGGACUACGUGGAGGCGCUGAGUGCCGUGGUGCAGGCGCAUGAGCGGAGAUGGGGGGGGGACGACGACGCACACGAGGAGGUGAAGGCGCGCGCCAAGGGCAUGAUGGAGGAGCUGUACCUCUACGUGCCUGGCAUCCGGCCCUGGUCCCUCGUGUGA